GAAGAGCCAGGACGCAAGAAGCAAUAACAAACAAACCAAAACGUUAGCAGCAAGCUAACGCAACUCUUGGAAACCGAGCAAAAAGGCAAAGUGUCUGCUUCACCGACGACAAACAUAUUAAAAGACGAGUUUAUAAUCUCCUGUCUAUGAUGAACGCGGACUACGAAGAAGACAUUUCGUAGUCUGUCACGUAACUGGUGUCUUACAUCUGCUAACACUAGCAAGACGUCGGCUAACGUUAAUCCUUCCUGUUUGUCGUUUUCUUGUGGAAGUACUGGAUUGUCCAGAAAGUAGGGAGACGCCGUUAAGAAAAACAAACGUGAGCUUUUUUUUUUUUUUACUCGAGGACAUGUGAGAAACCCAACUGAGACGACUGGAGAUACUUAACAUUAGAUUAAAACCUUCACGUUGCCGACAUUAGCAGAACAUUAAGUUUAAUGCAACUGUAAACAACCAAGGAUGUCUCACUUUGGUGCAUGGUGCGUGGGAGCUCGACUCCUUAUUGUGGUUCUCUGCAUCGUACUGGUUCCCUCACCCACACAUGCCUAUAUCUAUGCUCAUUAUAGCAAUAUGACCUCGAUGUUAUUUGAAGACCUGCCUGCCUUGUUUGGCUCUCCGCUUCCUAAGGAUGGACUAAUGGGAGUUUUGGUGGUGUCCCGUCCACUUAAUGGCUGUACACCAAUAGACCCUCCUCCACCACUGCCUCCAUCUUAUGAUGCCAACACCACCAAAUUCAUCGCUCUCAUCAGACGCUAUGACUGCAAUUUCGAUAUAAAGGUCUUGCACGCACAGCAAGCUGGAUUCAGUGCUGCAAUCGUUCACAACAUGUACUCAGAGACUCUGCUCAAUAUGAACUACAGCAAUGAAACUAUUGCAGAAGAAAUUGAGAUCCCGUCUGUAUUCACCAGCUAUUAUGCCUCCCAAAUUCUCAGGAAUUUUAUAAUUCCAGAACAAGGGGCCUACGUGAUCCUCAAGCCGGAGUUUGCUUUUCCACUGUCGUACUACCUUAUUCCCUUCACUGGAGUAGUUGGCAUGAUCAUUCUUGUGAUGUGUGUCGUCUUGAUUAUACGAUGUGUGCAGUACAGAAAAAGGCUGCGGAAAAAUCGCUUGUCCAAGGAACAACUGAAGCGAAUUCCAACCCACAGGUUCACCAAAGGGGAUGACUAUGAUGUGUGUGCAAUAUGUCUGGAUGAAUACGAAGAGGGAGACAAGCUGCGAGUGUUACCUUGUUCACAUGCCUACCACUGCAAGUGUGUGGACCCGUGGCUCACACAGACCAAGAAGACGUGUCCUGUGUGCAAGCAGCGUGUCACUCGCAACAACACAGAGCACUCCGAGUCUGAGUCUGAGGAGGAAAGCGGGGCGCGUGGGGAGGAAGAGGGGACUGAGGGUGAUGCAGACUCGGAGCGCACUCCUCUGCUGCGACCCUCCAACCCGGGGUCCCCCUCAGGGAGCCCAGGAGCCUACGCAGCCACCACCACCACCACUACUGCCCAGUGCCUCGCCUCCCCUGCACACGGCGACUCCCCCAUCCUGGGUUACGAAGGCUACCACUCCCCCCUGGAGGACACAGACUCAGAGAGCGAUGACGCGGGAGAGGAGAGGCACCACACCGAUGACGACACUGCUCAGCUGAUUGGUAGGGACAGAGUGGAGGUCUGAUGGCUGGAAUGAGGUCAUUCAGUUUUACCUCAGAGGGGUCUUUGUGUCAUCAGUCCUGCUGUCACACUGUACUUUCAAAUAGUUUGCAGAUUUGUGGAUAGCUAGACAUUUAUUAUAACACAAUCUUUUACCCAGUAACCAGAGGAGGUCUACUAGUUAGUGUCAAAGCACAUGCAGCACAUGAAUUGAUGAGUUUUACAAAAUAUGAGCGUCAACCACCUCUAUUCACACAUUCACUCCAGUGCUCCUAUAUUUGUCUGUAGACCUCCUUUUUUUAAUGCAUGUUGUAAUUCAUAACUCGACCAUGCCACGUGACCUAACCACUAGUGCUGCACAAAAAGAAAGGGCCGCUUAAAUCUGAUAAGUGCUGUAUAAGUAAGAGUGCGUCCCAAGUAGAUGAAGCUAAACAGAACGAAUUCUGUGCUCACACUUUAUUGGAUCUUUUAGGCUUCAGUGUAAUGUUUUUAACUGAGUGAAGUUCGCAGACCCUCUGUUGUCUUACUCAUGAUUGUUUUAUAUCUGACUGCCCUUUUGAUCAGUUUUGCAUCGUUUCCUAACAAAAAUUUGCACGUGGAGGGGGAAUAUUUUAAUUUUUUAUCUUUAAAUCCCCUUAGUUCUCUUUUUACAUUUAAAAAAAACAUAUAUUUCAGUUCUUUGAAAUGUUUCUCAAUUUCAACACUAAAUUACGCUGUUAUAGAAUAUCGCAAAGAUAUUACACAUUUCUGCUGCUUUCACAUGGUUAUUGAUAAUUCUGUGUGGUCAGUUUAAGGAAACAUUUUUUAGCUUUAUCCAGUUUGUCAUGUUGAACAAACUCAGGUUUAUAGCAACACAGUAAAGGUGAGCGGGUACUGCAAAUGAACAACAUAGUGAGAAUAAAUGGGGUUUGGUCUCAUGAGUUUUUUAGCUUUUUUUUGUCUUUGAGUUAGUGAAAUAUAUAUUCAUGAAUAUUUAAAGGUAUACUAUGCAGGGUUGUAGGUUACAGUUUGUAUACAAAUGCAAUAAGAGUAAAAGCCAUCCCCAGAUUCACUCUCAUUUUUGCCUUUACUCAGCUCUGUGUCUUUUGGACGCCUGCUGUUUACAGUCUGGCACCUGAGGCCAGAUGCAUAAAACUCUGUUUAGAUUCACCACUAAAACUAAAAAGCAGAAAUGUGCAUCAUUUUCGCCAGAUUAAUAAAGCCGUGCAUACGACUGCAUUUUAAUACUUGUGCCCCUCUACCGCAGACCUUUCAAUGCAUUUUAAAUACGGUAAAGAAAGUGGUAUUUACAGAUUGUGUUGCAUCGCCGAGGUUCUCCAGCGAUGCCAGAGCAGCCGUCAUUAUUCACAGCUGUGGAUGUCUGUAGUGUCCGCGCCACUAAUGUAUCACACUUCAGCCAACCAUCGUCAUGGUAAAAUUAUCAUCAUCAUUAUUAAAUAUCAGAAGGAUGAUUUAUACAUAUAGCACUCGUGUUGAAACUGACUGAAGUGCUUCACAGGAUCAAAGUAAACAAUCAGUAACAGGGAUGUAAAUAUGAUUAAUGAUGAAAUUCAUCAUUCGUAAAUAAUUUAAAAUUAACUUUAGAAAGGUGCCUUUGAUUGACAUGUUACAGAGCGCUGUGCAGCAAACAGCCUGAAAACAGUGUUACCUGUCCGUCAACUUCUAUUUAAUCUAAAUAUUUAAGCCUAAAACCAUGUGCACACAGGACUAAAGAGUGCAUGAGGUGCACACAUUGUCACAGCUCAUUUAACCUUUAUAUAAUAAUUUUUAAAAAACUGUUUAUGUUUGGGAAAGGCGUCCAUGUUUUUUGUGCAGACACGUCAUGCAUCUGGCACCUGGUCACUUCUUUUUUAUAAUGCCCAACUUCUCCUGAGCACUGUGGGGCUACAUAUACACCCCAAACACAGAAAAUAAGUAAACAGGAAGGAAAAUCCUGCAUAGUAUAUUUUUAAUCGAUCAUUUUCAGUUUUUAUAUAUCACAGAAUGAUAACACGUGGAACUGUGGGACCCUGGAGGUGUUUUUAGGUUUAAAAAAAGAGCAUUGCCUUACAUUGGCCUUGAUGUACAUGUGUAUGUAUAAAUUAAAUGUUGGGAAAUUGAAGGGACAGGAUUCACACUCCUUUGUUUUCCUCGUGUCUAGCUGUACUGAAUACCGCUUGUUAGAAUGCUUCCAUCCCGUCACCUUGUCUGUAAAUGUGCUCCAGCGUUUUUGUUUUUUUUAUAGUGACAAAAAAGAAAGAGACAGCCUGUGUCUCCACAUGUUUAUAGUACUGACACAGACAGCCGGCUUAGACACGCUUGAUUUGCACCCGAACAUUUGGGCAAGAGCGGCGGCAGUCAAACAAGAUGUGGGUUGUUUCUCUGCUUUAUAUGAUGACCUCCACGCUGUUGAGUUAAAUGAAGAGCAGUGCGAAUUAAAACUUCAAGUGUUGUUUCAGCCAAA